AUGAAAAGCCAGAAAGACAGGGUGAAACUCAAUGUUGGUGGAAAAAAGUUUGAAACUACGGCCACAACCUUAGCGUGUGCUGGCAGGAAUUCAUUCUUCGGAAGCAUGUUUGAUGAGGAUUGGAACCCGCGUUCUGAUGGGGAGUUCACUGAACGGUUCAUUGAUAGAGACCCUGAUUACUUCACCGUACUUCUAAACCUACUCAGAACCGGGGAGCUUUAUAUUCCUUCAACGAUCGAUAAAAAGCUACUAUACAAAGAGGCUCUGUAUUACGGCAUUCAAGAUCAUGUCAGGUCAGUUAAAUGGGGCCCGUUUGAUGGCAAUAGGCUCCGGUUGGCUGAGUCACUAACGGGCAUAACAUCAGGGGAGGCUGCUAUGAUUCGGGCUAGCCAGAAUAGCUGGUGCUGUGUGGUACGUGGUAAUAUGGUUAAAACAUACGAUUGGAUGCUAGAAGAGCAACCUACAAUAACCAAUUGUGAUUAUCGUAGGGUCAACGAUGUUUGUUGGGUUAAUUCAGAUAACAUUGCUGUUAGUAGUCCUGACAAGUACCUAGCUAGUGGAGGCAUUGGGUUGUUCAGUGCAUCUACAGGGGAAUUGAAGUAUAAUUUUCAAGUUAAAGAUGGAGAUCAAUUGAAGGAUUACACAGCAGGUGCACUCGGUGUUAGCUCGGAUUACAAAUUGUUUUCUAGUUGUUCUGAGAGCACCAACAAAAGGAAUGGGAUCAGUGUUUGGGACCAAGUCACAGGUAAGCAGACAGAUUUCUUGCCAUACUGGCCAGAUAGUAAGGCUACCAAGUUUCAAUGGUUACAUGGUACCAAUUGUUUGAUGGUAGCUACUUGUCAUUCGAUGUCAAAAUGUUCCAUCAACUUGUUUGAUUUUAGGGAAAACAGGGUGUUUUUGUCGUGGUCUGAUGCUAUGGAUGAAAGAGUAUAUAGAGACGCGAUAGCGAUAGAGGAGAGUAAUUCCAUUUGUGUAGUAGAUUCAAAUGAGACUUUGGGUUUCAUGGAUUUGAGGAGUACUAAUAGUAUAGAAUGGAGAAGUACUCAUACUAGGGGCUUCACGGAAAAAUUAUCUGGUUGGACGGGAUACAAGUUUUCUUAUCCGAAACUGGCAUUUCACAAGGGACAAUUGUUCUCAUCAUUUGACGAUACAAUUUCAGUUUACUGUGGUUCUGAUUGGGUUCGAACAUCACAGCUUCAACAGAGUCAUGGUGGUCCAAUUUGGGAUUUUUCAAUCGGUGGUGAUCGUCUUUUUGCUCUUCAUGGGAGCGAAGAUAUUUUUGAUGUAUGGGAGACCCCUCGUCCAUAG